AUGGAGUUGCAUGUACUUCGGUUUGUCGAACAAGAGUGGAUAAGUGGCAACAAUACGUCGCUUGCUGGUGUUGCAAGCACAACUUCAUCUACCAAGACUUGCAGAGCUAACAAUUCAUCACAAACUACUUCUUUUAGCCCUCCCAUUUCUGCUGUUAUCGCAAGCCCGUCAAAAGCUCCUAUCGAGCCCGCCAGUAACCCUUUGGUCUCUCCUUCCGUCGAAAAGGUCACGGUGUCUAGCGUGGAACUAAAAAACGUCUUCGACUUUGCCAACGUUAUCAAGGAAAAUGUGGCCCAGAUUACCCUCGAACGUCUUACCGGCCUGUACAAUAAAGCUCUUGAUGAUGCUCUGAAAGCUGUCUUAGGUUCUGCCGCAGUAAUUGAAAACCUAGCAGCUCGCUCAUUACAACACCGUGAAUAUCGCCCGCAGCUUCGCUCUGUUUCGAAACCUCCCUACCGAGAUCCGAGCGGUCAUCUGGAGGAAAGCCUCACCAGCUUCUCGCAUUCUGAAUACAAGAUUUUCGGACUGUGUCACACCCUGAUCAACCCGCUCACCGAUACUCUCUUGAUCCAGCGAACUUCCCACAAGCCAAUCUCAUACCUCCGAAAGAUGAUGGAUGUCUCUGCCUGGUCGAACAAUGCCCUGAAGGAGGUCCAGAAUGCCGUCUUCGGCACAGCAGGUCUCAGAAAUCGCGGUUUUAUAAGGCAUGGAUUCGCACGCCACGCGCCGGGUCAGCAGAAGGUCGGCCGGACUAUUACCGGAUACUGCCAGAUCCUGUCAUUUCCCUUUCCUAUAACCAGCCAAAUGGUCAGCGAUUAUCGCCCAAAAACGUCAGAGACCACCCUCGGCCGCGACGACUUCCCCGAUGUCUCUCGGUGCCUCUCAAAGAUCAGCGGUGUAGUAAUCCUGCCCCAAACAAACCUCUUCGCCAACAACGCGCCGAAGACUUUGGCGGCUGGCCACACGGUCGGCACCUACGCCCUGGUCGAGGGCAACAGCUUCGACAACACCAAGACUCCCGUUACCGCGGGAUUUUCGAGAACCAGACAGUUUAAGAGCACAUGA